ACACUCUCAGAUGUGAGGCAUGUUUAUGGAGAAGACGCAGCUCUGACACUCUUCACUUUUUCUCCUCUCAGUGUCUGCAGAUUGGUUCCUUAAACGUAGUGAGUUUUUGUUGUGGUUAUAAAUGUCGCCUCGAUGUGGAAACCAGCAGGAAUAUCAGCUCUGACGCUUCUUCUGCACUGCUGUAUCCAUACUGAAGCUGUUCCUCCAGAGUGUGACCCAAACUACAUCUUACUCCAGGAUGAAGUUUCCUGUUUUGAGCUGCUCAGAAACAACCGGAGCUCCUCCAGCUCAGGAACACAGGGCUGCAGGGGCUGGUGGGAUCAUCUGAACUGUUGGCCUCACGCUGCAGUCGGAGACAUCGUGUCUCAACCAUGUCCCAGGUUUUUACACACCACAGGUCGAGUGUUCAGAAACUGUACAGAUGGUGGAUGGUCGGAGCCUUUCCCUCCACAUGAUGAAGCCUGCGAGUACGGAUUCAACCACAGCUUACCUGCAGAGGUGUACCAGCCUCAGCGUUACUUCCUGUUUGUGAGGAUCAUGUACUCUGUGGGAUACGCCAUUUCACUCGCCUCACUCUCCAUCGCUGUGGCCAUCCUCUGUCUCUUCAGGAGGCUCCACUGCACACGUAACUUUGUCCACAUCCAGCUCUUCCUCUCCUUCAUGCUGCGAGCUUCUCUCAUCUUCAUCAGAGACUCAGUUCUGUUCUCAACCGAUGACCAUUUCCACUGUGGCGUCUACCCGGUUGGCUGUAAAAUAGCCACGGCUCUGUCUAACUACAGUAUCAUGGCGAACUACAGCUGGCUGCUGGCUGAGGGUCACUUCCUGUACAGCCUGCUCAGUGUGUCUCUGUUGUCCUCGAGGAGACGUCUGUGGUGUUACAUCGCCCUCUGCUGGGGUUCUCCGAUGAUCAUUCUGAUUGGAUGGAGUAGUGCGAGGUACCUCCAUGAAGAUGAGGGCUGUUGGGAGACGAGGAGGAUCAGGUGGAUCUGGUGGAUCCUCAGACUACCUGUACUCUUCUUCAUCACUGUGAACCUGUCCUUCUUUCUGUGUAUAAUAAGAAUCCUGGUGUCUAAACUGAGGACUCAGGACAUGCCGGGCAGCGAGUUCAACCACUACAGGAAACUGUUCAAGUCGUCAUUCCUGCUCGUGUCUCUGUUCGGGUUACACUACGUCCUGUUUGCUUUCCUCCCUCACAAACUCAGCGACUCCUCGUACAAAGUGUGGACCUUCAUCGAGCUCGCCUUCGCCUCCUCUCAGGGCUUUGUUGUAGCUCUUCUGUACUGCUUCCUGAAUGCAGAAGUGCAGAACGAGCUCCAGAGGAGGUGGAGGAGGUGGAGGCAGAAGCAGACCCUGCAGGUGGAGACCAGGAGACCCCGUAGCUCCCUGAGUCACAGUGGAGGAGCUCUAACUAAUGUCUCUAUGCUCACUAAAACCUCAACCACACCAGAGUCCGACCAGGUGUAAGAGGAACCACACCACGUGCAGAAAUCUUCUGGCCGCAUCCAGCCCCAUUUAUUUCACAUUUCCCCUGAAUGUCCACAGCAUAAUCGAUUAAUUGAUUACCACGGCAACAAAUGCCAAAAAAACAACAGUUUUCUGUCCAUACAAAUGUUGUCAUUCGCAGACUGUCGAUGCUCCUUUUCCUGAUUGUAAAAUCAUCACUUCUUCUUCGUCUGUUUUUUUUCCAUCCUUUAACGGCUUCAGCAUGAGAGUCCUUCUCACUACCUCUGAGUGGUUGCACACGUUUAGUCAAAUUACUUCCAUUUAUGAACAUAUCUCAAUACUGCUGUUCUACGGUUUUCUUCAUUUGUACAUUAACCUACUUUAUAUAGGCCUACACAUACCUUAGCAUCUUAUCACACCUAUAAGUAUUGUAUGUUAUUGACUUCCUCGAUGCCAAGCUGCGGAGAACUGUUUGCUAACUGUGUAAGUUUUACAGGCAUACUUUAAAUAACGAUGUUAGACGUCACAGCACAGUUAAACUAGAGGUUUGUGUUAAGAGAAGAGUAAGUGGUGUCAGGUUUAUCAUUUUCUGCUGCUCAUGAGUGUUGUGUCGCAGCUGAACACAAUAGAACAAUAAAGGUUUAUUUGAAAAAAGUCAA